CGCCGUGCUGCAUGCCGUUCCUUAGUUUUUUAUACUCGCGCUCUCGCCCGCCGCCGUCGUGGCACUGCAGGGCCCCAGCGCAGAAUUAAUCAUGCACAAACGCGGAGACCAUGCCUCCACGUUCCUCGGAUGAAGAAGUCUGUCUGUCUCUUUAUCUAAAUGCUUGAUCGCGAGCAUCGCAACCCUGCGACACUGUGUACCGCCGCCCAAAACUGCCAUGGAGGAGGCAUAUGAGUUGAAGUCGGGCCCCAGGCACGAGGCCACGGCGCGAGACAGCGACAGCAGAGACGAUGUCCCCGCCGAAUGCACCAAAGAAGCUGCGCCGGCAACGAAUCAGUCGAAUUCGACGCAGACCAGCGUACGGAGAAUCUUCAGCUUCACGCAAAUGUACUUCUUUGCCCUCAGCUACAUGCAGUCGUGGGAGGCCAUCACAACCAACAUCGGUCUGGCAUUCUUCAACGGCGGACCUCGAGCAAUGGUCUGGGGCUUCUUCAUUGUUGUCCCAGGCGUGCUCUGCCAAGUCGCUUCCAUUGCGGAGCUCGCCUCCGUACAACCCAUCGCCGGAGCACAAUAUCACUGGACGUGGCAGUUUGCGCCACCACAAUUCCGGCGAUUUAUCACUUGGCUGCAAGGCUGGAUCACGUGGUUCUCCUGGGUCGCCCUCCUCGCAGGCGUCACCAACAUUGCAGCGAACUGCACGACGGUCAUUGUCACGGCGAGCUAUCCCGACUAUGUCGUGAAGGGAUGGCAUACGAUUCUGGUCAUGUAUGGCUUCCUGAUCGCGUUGGGAUUGUUGAACAUGUAUGCCUUUUGGCUCAUUCCCUGGAUUGAACUGAUCGCGGGACUAUUACACGUGAUCCUCUGGAUCGUGUAUGCCGUUGUACUUCUCACACUGGCGCCCCGACAUAGCACGAGGUUUGUAUUCUUGGAAAAGGCCAACGCCUCCGGCUGGACGAGUGAUUUCGUUUCCUUCAAUCUCGGAAUCAUUCUCCUGAGUUGGGGUUUCGUGGGUUAUGAUGCUAUGGCCCAUAUUUCCGAGGAAACGAAAAAAGCCCGGUCCACCAUCCCCCGAGCCAUGUUCUGGUCCAUUUGCGUCAACGCCGCCAUGGCGUUUGGGAUGAUCAUCAUCCUCCUCUAUUGCGUCGGUGACGUCGAACAGAUAUCCGCUUCCUCCUACCCUCUCAUGGACAUCUGCCUGAACGCGACCCAAUCGGUCGCAGGCGCAUCGGCCAUGUUGGGAGGGAUUUUGACUACCAUUAUCUCCGGUACCAUUGGUUCUGUCGCUUCCGUCUCGAGACUCACGUGGGCGUGGGCUCGUGAUGGGGCCUUGCCUUCAUAUUUUGCAUAUGUGGACCCCAAGUAUCGCAUUCCGGUCCGUUCGGUGUGGCUUCCGAUUAUCCUGGUCAUGAUUUUAUCUCUCCUAAAUCUGGCCAACUAUACCGCUUUCAGCGUCAUCGUCUCUCUAUCCACUUUUGGACUCUUCCAAUCCUAUCUCAUCGCUAUCGUCUGCGGGCUCACGGCACGAUUAUCUGGACGUUUUAAGGAGGCCCCCUGGUCCCUCGGAAAAUAUGGCAUCCCGAUCAAUCUCUCCGCUAUCCUCUUUACCGCGUGGUUAGGCACGUUUAUGACUUUUCCCUCUUAUCUCCCCGUUACGGCUGAGUUUUUCAACUACGCCCUCCCUAUCAACGCUUUUGUCUGGCUCUUUGCUGUUUUCUCCUGGUUCGCUUGGGGAAAGAGGCGCUGGGCGGGUUUGAAUUCGGCUGUUAUUGAGAGGGUUUUGUUGGAUGAUGAUGGUCGUGAUGAUCGGAAGGAGGCUUGAAGUCUUAUAGAUGUAUGUAUGUAUGUAUGUAGGAGGGUGGUGGAUAGGAUAGGAUAGGUACAUUUCUAGAGAGAUUUAUACCUACCUAGUAGGAGGUGGUGGUGGUGGUGUAGGUAUGAUGAGAUAUGUAUGCUGUAUUGUAUGUAUGCUGUACUGUACGAGAUGGGUGGAUGUUACAUACCUACCUACUUACCUACCUACUCAGGUAUUUACCUAUCUACCUAUCUGCCUAGAUAAGACAGACGAGGCAG